UUAAGGAUGUGCUUGAUCUUCAUACCGUGAGAAACGCGAUGGGAGCAGUGGAUAUUUUGUUUUUACAAUGUUUGAAAGAUCUGAAGCAGCUGAAAGGAGAGGUACAUUUUUGUGUUUUUCAGGGCUGCAAAAAAUACUUCAUUUUCUGGGACUGCAAGGCCAACGAAAAAAAUUCCUCUGCAAGUAAACAACUGGCAAUCGUAUGUUUUUCUAAAUUUCACCGGUACUGGUUGGUCUUUGUUUGUGGAUGAGUAGUGUAGCACUUUAGGCUGGUAACCACCAAAAUCCAAACUAGACUAAUAAGUAAUUAUUGGAUGAGGCUGAGCAUGAUAUCAACAAUUAUUCAAACCGAGGUCAAUGUUAUCUGCCGAAGCGAAGCUGAGGCGGAUAACAUAGACCCAGGUCUGAAUAAUUCUUGAUAUCAUGCGAAAGCCGAAUCCAAUAAUUGUUUUAUUAUACAUUUAAAGACAUGAGAAACGUAUAAAACGAUUCCUGUUCAUGAGGUAGGAAAAGUAAAAUUUGAAUAUCAAACACCUUGCACAAAGUCAAAGAUCAGCUAAAUAUUCUAUUUCUACUUCUAUUUACCCCUUUGUGGCUUUUUUCGUGCUUUCACUAUCCUUAUCUGCAUGCCAGUAAUUUGGAGAGUUCACUUUCAUUCAGCGAAGCAAAUCUGCUGUAGGCCAUUGUUUAUUUGUUUUUUCGCGCGUUUAUAGGUUCAAGCUUUAGGCCGCGCAAGGGUUUGGGCACGAGAGAGUCCAAUAAUUUUUUUUGGAUGCAUGUUCGAUCCAAAAAAACAAUUAUUGGACGCUGAUGACCUCAUCGGCGGAAAAUACGUAAAAAUGCCGAAUACUGAAAAUUAGCCGGUGCUUUCUGCAGACCAAUUAAAAACGAGAAUACAUAUUAAAUGUAUAAUAAGCUCUAUUAAAGUCUAUUACACUUCAUAUUUUUCUGCCAACCCCAAACAUUUUUUGGGGUCCCAUGGUCCGCUAUAUUUUGCAGCCCUGGUGGAUUUGUCAUGCUUUUAUGAAUCAUUCUACAUCCAUUAUUUCUCCUGCUAUACCUUUCCAUGUUUCAUUUAGGACUGGCUCCUGGAGUUAUUUAACAACAGUAUAGUGAACUUGGCGACCACAUUGGCAGGUAGGAUGAAAUCACGCUUUCCUUUUUAAUAUCUGUUUUAAGAUACGUUUACACAAUGAUUAGGGAAGCCUCAGACAUCGAUUUUGUCCACGAGAAACGUGAUAUGGGGUUACAUAUGGGGUUACAGCUGUGACGUUUCUCUGUAAAACAUCAUGGAAAAAUUCGAUACUUUAUUCGAAAGCCUUAAUAUUUCGGAAUCAUCUUUGCAGAUUAUAGAAAAGAAAACGUGAUACACCAGUCUAUACAUUCGUAAUACCAUACCUGUUCUAUUCAUUUAUAUUAUUACGACUUCCUUGCAUUGAAAACUCUCAAAUUUCAAGAAAAACGCGCUAAAAUGAUCAAUAUUUCAUGCAAAAAAAGUUGUUUGAGAAACGUUGGAAAUUUUGAAGUUCAUAUAUUAAUAAAAAAACAUAUGUCAGCAGAAGAUGACAUAUUCCUCGCGGAAUCAUCGCCAAUAGCCGACCGUAGAACAUAGUAGAAAAUUACGAUAUGUGUACUAUAAGAACAAAAUAUGGAUAAAUACAUAUGUGUGACAUUUCUAAUCGGGGGUGGGGGGGGGGGGAUCUCCAGAGAAACGUCCAUAUGACGUUUCUCAUGGACAAAAUCGAUAUGUGAGGCUUCCCUUACUCGGACCGAUUCAGCUUUAAUUAAAUGAUAUUUGAAAAGUACGCUGUCUACGUCAUCUGAUGACAUCGUCAACUGACAACAUUCAUCAUUAACAUUCGGCAAAACAUGAAGUCAACCCGAUUAAUCGUUGUGUGCAAACGUAGCUUUAUAGUCUUUCACAGGUUGUUAAUAUUAAUAUGCUAUGUAGAACUAGUACGAAAGUUAUACUCUUAAUAGCUAUUUAUCUCGAACUUGAAAGAAAAGACUUUCCCAUAUGACUUCAAAAUCUUGGCUCAUUCCACUCCUGGCAGUACGCUAUAUUUUUGAGAUCAGUCAGAUGUCCAUCCACCAGCCAUGACACCUGCAUGCCCUCGAUGAACUUUUCAAUCCGCGAGCUUUUCUUUUCCCGGGUGUAAAUAGCCGAUCAGUGGGGCAAUCGUCAGAGUCUUUCAGCUCCGAGAUCGUGGGUUCGAUGGUCGCUGUGGACGCGCUCAUGACACUUAUGUGAAAAGAGUCAUUCGACGCUCCGUGAUGAGUCAUAAGGUGGCUGCCAGAGGCGCCCUUAGAAAGCCUUCAACACGAUGAAGUUGAGCAGCAUGCUUCGCAAUUCACCUUAGCUCUCAGCUGCAACUGCAAGUAGGGAUGAUUAGCACACACAAACAUAUCGCUACUAGCUACUAACCUCCACCAGUGCCCUGGCCUUCACCCUACGCGACAAGUAGUGAUGAAAUACAGCUUGAAAUUUAAACAAUUCGUAAUUUGUUGUUACAACAUUAAAUAUAACAAAUGUUGCUUCAUAGCGUGUAUUUUUGUGAAUUGCAGAACAGGGUAAAAACGCCGAGAAGAUGACGGAGAUUUUACAAGAACAGGUAAUUAAGUCCUUCAACAUCACAGCUCAAAGAAAAUUAAAUCUAGGUGAUGAAUUCCAGGUUUAUAGCUCCGUUCAGUCCUUGUGGUGUGGAAAAAUAGUUUUGUGGUAGUUACUUUUCAUGUAUUGGUAAUUCGUGCUAUGCAGUAUGCAAAUUGUUUUUUAUGCUUAUCCGAACUUGGCUGAACAAUUCUAUUCUGUUACUACCAAAACCGCGGACCUCUCUUGCCCAAAACAACGUGUUAUGUUUUCGUGUCAAACAUUCGGGAAAGCAAUGACAUUCCUAAUGUCGUGAAAUCAGACGUAUUCUCCAUCUAUAUAGAAGAACUAAUUUAGUCAGUGUAAUUUGUUCUCUUUCGUAACUUAUAUUCAUAAUGUUACUGAGAAAUACUUUUCUUUUCAAGGGUUUGAUAUUCCUCUCUCCACAACUAAAAGCUCAGUCCGAAUUAUUUAAACAAAUACAAAAUGAUCCUAAUGUCUCUUCCUUGUAUAAAUGGAUCAAGGUUAGUUUAGAUUUUUGUAAAAAUACUUUUGCUCUUUUCUUUUAAAUCCUUAACUUUAUUUUUUGAGCGACAUUUUGUUUUUGCCUUUUUAAUUUUAGGAUAACAUCGAUGUAAAACUUCAUUCCAGUCCAGAAUUUGCAAGUGUUUUAACCACAUGGUAUAUCCUGAAUCAAACUCUUUCUGUAUUUUCUCGUAUUUAAUAUGAUCGCACUUUCGAGAAUAAAAAUGAAAAAAAUUGGGCCUAAUAAGAUAUCUUUUAACGUUUUUAAAGGGGAAGUCAAGUCCGUUCUGCGCAUCGGUUCUGCGCAUAACAAUAGAGGGCCCUCUGAGGUAAACAUUGCCCAAAUUUUGAAUGUUUCGAAUUUUUCUGAACACAAACUCUAUUUCAUAUUCAUGUAGAAGCAUAACGAACCAAAAUGGUGUUAGAUUUUCAGACAGUACAUCAUAUUUAAAAAAAUACAGCAGUUCAAAAUGUAAACAAACCGUUUGUUUACAUUACGGACUUGACUUCCCCUUUAAGUGUUUUGAAGUAUGUUACCAUGACAACAAGUUUAGCUCCUAACGUUGAUCGUAAUCAACCGCUGGACAAAGAGAUUCAGGAUCAGGAGAAAUUAAUGAUGAAAAAUAUGAAGGUGAGAUUUAAAUUAUUUCAAGGCUUGCUCAUCUUUUAU